GGCCCGGGGGGACGAGCCCCGGGUGCUGUGCUCUCAGCGCUCUCCUCCUCCUCCUCCUUCCCCAGCGCCAGCGGGCUCCAGCUGCCGGACAUCUCCCGCGGGGACCCCCGGCCCGGCCCGCCCGCCGGACAAGUGGUACCAGAUGUGGCAGAAGACACAGUCUCACCAACUCGAGCUCGGACCAUGAAGGACUAUGAAAAUCAAAUCACUGAUCUGAAAAAAGAAAACUUCAACCUGAAACUUCGUAUUUAUUUUCUGGAGGAGCGAAUGCAGCAGAAGUUUGAUGGUCCUACUGAAGAAAUAUACAAAAUUAACAUUGAGCUGAAAGUUGAGAUAGAAAGUCUGAAGCGUGAACUGCAGGAGAGGGAGAAGCUGCUCAUCAAGGCCUAUAAGGCAGUAGAAAGCUUGGCCCAGGGUGGUGAUGCUGAAGUGCAGCGUGGGAAGGAGGCACAGAAGAAGAUGCAAGAGAUGGAGGCAAUGCUGACUGGCAGAAUAAACCUUCUGGAACAGAAUCUUAAAGCUGCCCAAGAAGAGGUGGAAAAAGCCCUUGCAAUGACAGAGAAGGAGAAAGCUCUGAGAAUUGCUGCUGAGCAGAAACUUGCUUCAAUUAUGAAUGCCCCUGCCAAGGAUGUGGACAAGGUUACAGAGGCUGAGAAAGACAGACUUAUAGAGCAACUGAAUCUGUCACUGAAAAGUAAAGAAGCUCUAAUUCAACACCUUGAAAAGGAAAAGUCUCAGAGUGGAUCUUCUGAUGGGAACUUGCCAGCAGAAAAAAUCAGAGAACUUACCAUUGCUUUGAGGCUGGAAAAGGAUAGUGAGCUAGAGGCUCUUAGAAUAGAGCUUAAAAAUGAGAGAAAUUCCUUUGAAAAAAAAAUUCAGUCGCUCCAAGAAGAGCUGCAAGAGAGAGAAAAUGAGCUUGCUGUUGAAAAGAAGAAUGGUUUGAAAAGGGAUAAAACAAUCCAAGGACUAACUGUUGCCAUAAAAGCAAAGGAGAAAGAGAAUGAAGAGCUGGGUUCUGAAAUUGAAGAGUUAAAUGCUUCGUUGGCUAAGGCAAGAGAGGCAACUCACAAGGCACAUGUCCAAAAAUUCAAGGGUGCUGCAGAUUACCAGGCUCUGCUGAUGGAGAAGGAGACCCUGCUGGCAGAGCUGCGCUCAGAGAACCUCACCAAGGACGCUGAGAAUCGCAGGCUGCAAAGGAUAAUUAAAGUCACUGGUCAAGAGCUGAGUGAUCUGAAUUUGGAAAGAGAGAAAAUGGAGAAGGAGCUGGAUGAGGCACAACUGCAGAAGAGCAGAAGUGACAAAACCAUUAAUGACCUUAGAAAUCAACUAGAGAAAUUACAUGGUGAAAUGACUGAGAAGGAAAAAGCAGUUGAACACCAUUACAAUAUUCUUUUGAGUGAAAGCAAUCAGAAGCUGCAGAGCCAAGAACUUGUUAUAAGGCAGCUGACAGACAGUGUCAAUCACAAGGAUCUGCUGCUUGAGAGACUUAAUGGAACUGUUAAAGAAAAGGAUGCAGAACUGCAGGAGCUCCAGAAUAAGUGCAAGAACCUUCUAAGAGCUAAUGAAGAACUUGAACUGAAAAAUGAGGGCUUAGUAAAGGAGAAAUGUGCUGCACUGACUCAACAGUCAAUUAUCAAGAUAGUCAGAGAGCUGGAGGAAAAUAAAGAAGCUGAAUAUGAGAAGCUGCUCCUUGCUUUAAGGAAAGAACAGAAUAUUUAUUCUACACUAGUGAAGACCUUUAAGGAGUCAGAUAGUAUAAAUAGCUUGCAAGUGGAACUGAACAACAUUUUCAUGUUGAGAAAACAGCUGGAAGAAGAUGUUUUAGGUAACAGGAAUCUCCAGAAGAUUUUACAAGAUCAGAUUAAGGACAUGAAAAACCACAAAGAGGAAACGCUCUCUUUCUGUGGAGAUCAAACAUCUUAUAUGAGUAUCUGUUUAGGAGAACAAGACCAUUUAAGCCUUCAGAUAGACCAUCUGUCUCUGGAAGAACUUAAAAAAAAGGUUAGUGACCUGCUCCUGAUGGUCAAAGAGCUGCAGUCAAUUAAUCAAGAACUUAAGGCAAGACAGUCUGGAUGUUGCACCAAGGAUUCUCAAGGGAAGGAAGCACUGAAAACAUUAAACCACAGAGAGUGUCUUGAAACAACAGAGAAGCCUGUGAUGCAGCCUGAAGAUGGUGACAAUGACAGGAAGGUGCAGAACAGUCAGUUUUGUGAGAGGGUCAGUCAGGUAUGCCUUCAAGUAUCUUUGGAUUUUCCUUGUGAGGUGGAUAAACAGAUAACUCCAUCAGGCUAUUCAGAGGGUUUCUGCAAAGACAGACAUUAUAGGAGUCCAAUUAAGCCUCAAUUUGAGCAUGAUACAACUGACAAACACUUGGGCAGAACAGGAAUGAGUGAAGAAACAGAGGAGAACUUGCUCACAUCUCUUCUGAGAGAAAAUAGAACAUCUGUGCUGGAAUCUACCAGACAAGAACAAAUGAAAAUUGUAAAUGAACUGUUAGAUCAUCUGAACACGACAGAGGAAGAAUGUUCAAGUGAAGAUAUAGAGAAAAAGGAUGAAAAAGAUCUUAGGCAAAUGAUUAUUCAGCUACGAGCUGAACUCAAACAUUUCAAGCAGGUCACUAAAUUCUUAAAGCAGCGAGUAGAACUGAAAUCAACUUUUGAUGGGGAAGAGAAGCUUUAUCCAGAUGCAGUGCCACAGAUUAAUCAGGCGAUUCAGUUGUUGAAAGUGGAAUUGAAAGAUGCAGCUACACAAACAAUGACUUUAGAGAAUAAUGUCAUGAGAUUCAAACAUGAAGGCAAGAAAGGAGCCUCAGAAGAAAAGUCAAAAUAUUCAAGAUUAAAUGCAGAAGCAGAACAUCAGCAAGAAAAUGUGUAUAAGAAGGGUGAAAAGCAUGGAAGACUUUCUUUUACUAGAACAAAUGAAGCUCUCUCUCCUUCCUUGCCCAAGAAGUCACGUCUGCCUGUGCUUGUAAGAUCCUUCAGACCACUGGGAAAUGUUCCUUUGGCCUCCUGGCUGCACAAAUCAGAGCCACAGCAUCAUCCCAGGGCACCUGGUGAAGGUCUGAGAUCCUGUGGAGUACAAACCAAACCAUUUCAGGCACAGCCCAAGGGAGAGUUACUGCCUGGGUCUGGAGCUGGAAACCUUCCAGGAGAGCCUGCACAGGGAGACAUGUCAGGGAGAGUUGUCUCAUUGCUCAAAUUGGAUAAUACUGAGACCCAGAUGGAGUUGCAAGAUGUUGAUCCAGGUACAGGGGACAAGAAUGAAAAUGUAAAGGACAAAAAUCAGCAAAACUAUCAAGAAAUGCAGAAUCAUCAUAACAUCAGCAAUGGGAAUAUCCAGAGUUUGUUAAAAGAGGUGGAUGAAGAGUUUGAUUCCAUGGGACACGAGGACAUUGGCUCCAAGUGCCUGUCUGCUCAGCAGGGCAGUGGAGCAAGAACAGCUGCACUCAAUGGCUGUGAGGGCACGGAGGAUAUAGAGAAAUUGAAACAGAGAGUUAAGAAUAUGCAGUCUGAGCUUGAAAAGUACAAAAUGUUCCUGCUGCAGCUGCAGGGCUCUGACCAGCUCUUGUCCAGUGGUGUUUCCAAUGGAGCUGGGAGUGAUGCAGCCCUGCCUGUGGAAGAGUUUGGCUCACAAGUGCAAGAUACAGCCUUGGAAGGAGUCCUGGCAUCCUCUGGUGUCCCUCAGCUGGAUUUUGAUAUCCACACCAAAAAUGGGGAUUCUGAGUCUGUGGAAGCACCUGAUACUUGGGCAGCACAAAACCUUAAGGAGCUUCUGUUGGCCAAUGAGGCAGAACUUGACACAGAGCAAGUUGUGAAUGUGCAUCUUGAUGAAAUGUAUCCUCUUCAGAACAGCCUGAGAGCAGCAUCACCAUCCAAAUAUGAUGCCUUAGUUCAUUCCCAAGUUCGGGAGCUGUCCUUCCAGUGCCAGCAAAUCAAGGAGAUCCGCUGUGGCUGUGUCACCUACCACGAGCACCUCACCAGCCUGCUGAAGGCCUUUGAGGAGCUGCUCCAGGCCAGUCGUGUUGAUUAUGAUGUUGCUGAAGGUUUCCGUGAGCAGCUGAACCAAAGCGUGCUGCUGUUUGAGAAGCUGGAAAUGAAAUUCCUCUAUGGGGAAUCAAUAGGUACAGAAGUCACUAUACUGUAUGAAUUAGCUCAAAGGAAUAAUGAGAAGAAUGCCUCCAUGUACCAGCCUCUGCAGGAUGAGUCUCGUGUGCCAUCUGCUCUUCACAGCUCAUCUGACUUUGAUUUGUCAGAGAAGUCUCCUCUUGGCUCACCUGAGUACGGGCACGACCUGGAAGGCCAGCACAGCACACUGCCACUUCUGCCAAGCAAGUUUCCUCCAGAGUUAUUAAUGGAGCAUCUGCAAGAAAUUAGAAUCCUGAGACAACGUUUAGAAUACUCCAUAAAAACUAAUGAGAGACUGAGGAAGCAGCUUGAGAGACAAGUAACAGACAAGGAACUAGAUCAAGGUUCUGCAAACAUUUUUAUCCAUGGCUCAGAGCAGCAUAAUUCCCUGACUUCUGAAAUACAUUUCCUGAGGAAGCAAAAUCAAGUUCUGAAUGCAAUGCUAGCAAAAGGAUCCAGAGAUAAACAAAAGGAAAAUGAAAAGUUAAGAGAAUCUCUUUCUAAGAAGAAUGCAAUCAUUGAACAUCUUCAUGAGGACCAUGAAUGUGUCAAGAAAGAAAAUGAAAAGUUGCAAAAACAAAUGUGCCAAAAGGAAGAUGAAAUCAGAUACCUGACAUGUCAAAUUUACAGCAGUCGCAAUGAGCUGAACAGGUUGCAGACAGAAAUUAAUGUAAAGCAGCACCAGCUCUCUGAGAAUGAGAAGUUGCUGCAGUCGCUGCGGACUGAGAUCAAGGUUUAUGAGAAGCUGGAAGAAGCAAGAAAGAAGGGGACAGAUCCCAGAUGUGAUGGCUCAGAAGAAUUCCGGAAAGAUCAGAAUAAUCCACUGGAUUUGCAUGAACUGCUGGCUGAAAUCCAGAGCCUGCGAGUGCAGCUGGAGAGGAGCAUAGACACCAACAAGUCUUUGCAUGAAAAAUUAGAAGAACAGCUUUCCAAAGGGAAGAGAGAGGAAGUGGGGCCAGUGUCAGCUGUUAAUAUCAACUGUGUGUUGAAGGCAGGCUCUCAGCACUGUGCAGGACUGGAAGAAAAUCUCUGCAAGUGCCCUGCUGCCAGGAGAACCAUCUGUGAGCUGCAGAAGCAGCAGAACAAGCGCUGCAUCUCAGCGGAGAAACCAGGUAUGCCCAGACCACAAGAAAUCAAGUGCAAAUUAAUUUUUUUUGUGGGAGGCUCCAGCAGGACGUGCACCCCCCGGCUGGUGCCCGGCCAUCGGAUGUGGGCGGACAGGAGCGGCCGGCACGUGCUGGGGCUCAUCGAGGACUACGAGGCCCUGAGGAAGCACAUCUCAGAGGGGCAGCAGCUGCUGGCACACAUGGAGGCUGCUCUCAGGGAGCUCGCUGGCACCCAGCUGCAGGAGCCUGGGGUGAAGGUACCAGACCAGGCAUCCCUGCAUGGCUUUUCCACCAGCACUCACACAGUGCAGCAGAUUUUGGAAGAGGCUGCACGUUCCCUGAAGCUUCUCUGGAGAGUUUCCCUUCCCCUGAAAGCUGCUAACGGUACUGCUCAGGGCAUUCAGGAUGAAGGAAUGAAAGCAGAAAUAUUUAGGUUACGUAAGAAACUGUCUGAGCAAGAGAAGAAGUUGCACAGCACAGUGAAACGUCUGCACUCCACAAACCAGCUGAAAGAAAACAUGGAGAAAGUCAUCAUUGACCAGUUGGUUUUAACACAUGAUGUCUUGAAGAAGGCUAGAGGAAACCUGGAAGUUCCACCAGCUGAGAAUCAAAAAUCACCUUCCUACACCAGCAAAAAAAGGAUUCUCUGAAGGAGAAAGUUCUGCUAACAGACACUGGUUUUAUGAGUGUUGUUUGCUUUGUGCUGCCUUAAUAUUUAUUGAUGUAAAAAAUGUUUGUUCAGCUCUUUUAAUGGAAUCAGCCUUUGACCAAAAAAAAAAAAAA